UUUGUUUUAUGAUAGAUAGAAAUAAAUCUGUUGGUCACCGUACUUGUAAUCACAGUUCAUCAUGAAGCGUGUUCAGUGAUGUAUUUAUAAAUUCUACACAAUACACAUCUUCCCACUUGUAUACCUUGUAUUUUAAAUACUUUAUCAAUUUCCAGCAAAUUAUAGAAACUUGAUUGAGAAUGUAUAGGUAUAUAAUUCGUCAAGGAUGCAGGAAAAGUCUCCACAAAUCAACAAAAAGAUAUAUUACCACUGCUGGCCUGAAAGAAGGAGUUCUCAUCCACAAUUACAAAGUCUCGCGAGUAACAGCUGUUCCUGAACUAUUUCUAUCUGCAAUUGAAUUGAAACAUCUAGGUACAAACAGUAAUCAUCUUCAUAUUGCUAGAGAUGAUAACAAUUAUGUUUUUAAUGUUUGCUUACGAACAACCCCAAUGGAUAGCACUGGAGUUGCUCAUAUUUUGGAACAUAUAGCACUUUGUGGAUCUUCAAAAUAUCCUGUAAGAGAUCCCUUCUUUAAAAUGCUUGAUCGUUCGAUGGCUACUUUCAUGAAUGCAAUGACUGGUUCUGAUUACACCAUGUACCCAUUUGCUACACAAAAUGGAAAGGACUUUAAAAAUUUAAUGUCAAUAUAUUUGGAUGCUGUUUUCUUCCCACUUCUGCACGAGUCAAGCUUUUUACAAGAAGGUUGGAGGUUAGGGCAUAGUGUCACAAAUGAUGUAACAAGCCCAAUCAUAUUCAAAGGUGUUGUUUUUAAUGAAAUGAAGGGAGUCAUGACAGAUCAAGAAUAUCUUUUUGGUUCAAAUAUGCAGCGAAAUAUUCUUCCUGAUCAUACUUAUGGUAAUUUCAGCGGGGGAGAUCCCUCUGCUAUUCCGCAAUUGACAUGGCAGGAUUUGAAAGAUUUUCACAGGACUCAUUAUCAUCCAAGUAAUGCUAAUUUUUAUACCUACGGAAACUUGGAUAUUAUCGAUUGUUUGAAGCAAAUUGAUGAACAAGUUAUGCAAAAAUUCACAUCGAUGCAACCAAAUACUGAUGUCCCUUCACAAGUAAGAUGGUCAACUCCUCGUGCAGCUGAGAUAUCAUGCUCACCUGAUGAUAUGGCAGCAAAUCCAGAAAAACAAUCUUCUGUUGCUGUUAGUUUUCUUCUUUCUGAUGUAAAAGACUCUUAUACAAACUUUGUUUUAUCAGUGUUAUGCAGUUUAUUGUCUGAUGGUCCGUCUUCUCCUUUUUAUAAGGCCCUAAUUGAAUCUGGCAUUGGAUCUGAUUAUGCACCAUCUAGUGGAUUUCAUAGUCAUCAAAAAGAAUCAGUAUUUAGUAUUGGAUUACAAGGAAUAUGUUCUGAUGACCAAGAAAAAGUGAAAAAUAUUGUCUAUGACACUCUGGAUUCUGUUGUCAAAAAUGGAUUUCCAACAGAAAGAGUAGAGGGUGUGUUGCAUCAAGUAGAACUUCAUCAAAAGCACCAAAGUAGUCAAUUUGGUCUUCAUUUAUCCUUUAAUUUAAUGCCAGUUUGGCAACAUGGUUCUGACCCAGUGAAAUCACUUGAUUUUGAUAGUCAUAUAGCAAACCUUCGUAAAAAUCUUGACGCUGAUCCAAACUUAUUUCAAAAGUACUGUAAAAAGUAUUUUGUAGAUAACAAUCAUAAGUUGAUAUUGGCAAUGGUGCCAGAUCCUGAAUACAAAGACAAACAGACAAAACAAGAAAGCACAUUACUUAACUCAAAGCUGGAUUGUUUGAGCCAAAACGACAAAUCCAAAAUUUACAAACAAGGGCAAGAGUUGGAAGAACUACAGAACGAAGUGGAAGAUAUUUCUUGUCUCCCUACAUUAUUGGUGUCAGACAUAUCAAGAAAACAAAAAGAGACUGAAAUACCUGAUAUAUUGAACUUCGAUUCAAGCUCUAAGGUUGUUAUGCACGGACAGCCAACUAAUGGAAUUACCUACUUUUCAUUAUUGAAAACUGUGAACAACAUACCAGAUGAACUGAGACCACUGUUACCAUUAUUUUGCUCUGUUCUGACUCAGAUGGGCACAAAAGAUACAGAUUACCAGAGAUUUGCGGACUUGGAACAACUUUAUACUGGAGGUCUAGAUGCUUCAAUCAAGGUCUCGCCAUCUCCAACUAACCAUCUUAGCAUGGAAUCAAAAGUUGCUUUCGGGUCUUAUUGUUUGGAUAAAAAUAUAGAUCAUAUGUUUUCCUUAUGGUCUGAGCUUCUAAGUAAACCCAACUUUGAAGAUAGGGAUAGGUUGCAAAUAUUAAUUAGACAAAGGGCGCAAGAAUUAGCCAAUUCUGUGUCAUUUAGCGGGCACAGAUAUGCAAUGCUGAAUGCCAGCAGUAAUUUAUCUCCAGCUGCGACACAGGAUGAGAUGUUUGGAGGUCUACAACAGGUCAGAUUAAUGCGCUCUGUGGCAGAAGAGCAAAACAUUGACAAAAUUUUCACACAAUUGCAGGAGGUCUCAAAGUACGUAUUAACAACCAAUGUAAAUACAGAUGAAAAAGUGAGAUGCAGCAUUCACUCCACUGGUAAUAUGAGACAGAAUGUGGAAUCUCAAUUGUCUAAUUUUCUUUGCCAAAUAUCUCAGACUAACUCAAAAAUUGGCGAAGCGUCAACUCAUACCCUGGAUAUUUUACACCCAGUAAUCAGUCCAAACUUUAUUCCCACACCCGCUAAGCAAUUGUUGCAGGAAAUGCCUUUCCCUGUAAACUUCUCAUCAAUGUGCCUUCCAACACCUGCAGUAUAUACUCACAGAGAUUCUGCCACUCUUCGAAUAUUAUCUCGAAUUCUGUCAACAAAGUAUUUACUGCGAGAGGUCAGAGAGAAAGGAGGAGCUUAUGGAGCAGGAGCUCGACACUGCAACGAUGGUGUCUUCCAAUUUUACUCUUAUCGUGAUCCAAGAUCAAUACAAACUAUAGAAUCUUUUUGUAACUCAAUCGAAUGGGCAUGUGAAGGUGGUUUUUCCAGAGAAGACAUUGAUGAAGCAAUACUAGCAAUAUUUCAGCAAGUGGACGCUCCAGUGUCGCCUUGUAACAUAGGAAAUGCUUACUUCAUUAAUGGCAUUUCAGAUGAAAUGAGGCAAAAAUAUAGAGAGCAAUUACUGGAUGUCAAUCGACAAGCUAUUAUAGAUGCUGCACAGAAAUAUCUAACUUUAGACAACAAAAGUAGUGUCAUAUUAGGUCCAAAAAAUGAGGAAAUUGAACAUGAAAACCAGAAAACAGCAAUGGUUUAGAAGCCAUUUUUGUGUUUUCAUUGUUUAAUUGUAAAGGUAUGAGGUUAUGCCCAUAAUCUCUCUCUCCCUCUGUGCUAAUGAUACUGACAUACCAAUGCCACUGACCACUGUCCAACUUCAUAUUAGGGCAAGAUGUACAUAUUUAUCCAGAGGGAGAGGAAAGUCAAUAAGACGGCUUAACCACGGCCUCUCGUCCGAAUACCAUUCCAUGUCGGAUAUGGGAUUAGUUAUUUGUUUUCAGAAGCAUGGACUCUGUGGUGGAGGAAGCUGUAACCGAAUCUAUAAAUGUAACAGAAUAUGUCAGAAUACCAGGAAAUCGGAUAGUAUUAAUAUCAAUAAUUCUGGUUUAUUUCCCCAAAUUACAUAUAGUUUAUUCGAGUCACUUCAAUGCCAACAGUUUCGCUUAGAUGUUUAGGCCAAGAUUUAUUGAUAGUCAAAAGAAGUUUUGACAGCUUCAAUGUGCCCAAACAAUCUUCACUUAAGUGGGGUUUGUUGAGUUGGUACUCAAGUCUAGUGAUUUCAUGCUUUUUGUUCAGCACUUUUUUUACUACAUAUCAUCGGUGUAGUUGUGUUUACUUGCGGUCCAGCUCGACUUAGAUUAUCAAGAGUUCACAUUUUGUCUCAAAACUUUCUAGAGCCUAACAAAUUUAUAACUGCUUCAUAAACAAUGAUCGAAUGCACUGUUGUUUUUUUAACAAUGCUAGAAAAUCCUUUGGAACAGUCUCGAUGCUUGAAUGAGCAUAUAAUAUAAUACUGAAUAAUGUUUCUCAUAAAUAUUGAAUAAUAUUUU